UCGAACAAAAGAUGAUUGAGGAGUACGUAGUCAACUCGAUUCGGAUUGUGGCCACCGUGUUUCUGGCCGAAUUCCUGUUGCGUUUUUAUCUCUGUGUCGUCGAAUAUCUCUACUAUAGUCGGUAUUAUCAGCCCGAGAAUAGAGUGACAACGAUCCUCCGACGCGCGUAUUCCUUAAACAAUGUCUCGAAACAUCUGCUGCUGGCUUUCUUAGUCUUGGGAAUAGGAAUUUCGAUUUCUGACAAUUCUUGCGCGGUAUUUCCUACAGUCGACUUCCUCUCGCAAAUUCCUCUGUACUGGGGCCUACGAACUAUACAUCGGAGCACGCUUACCGAUCUUCACAGGCUAAGGGAUCCGCAUGGACUGGAUUACCCCACUGGAAUGGCCUCGAGCUUGUUCUAUGGGUGCCUCAUACAUUCGCUGCCCGGGCUUAAAAAUCGAAUGACUGUCUACGAGGACCAGAACAACAUCACUUUUGGAUUGAACCGCCUGAUUAUCCUUAUUCCUGACGAAAAGCCGGAUGAUGGCGUACUCGAAAGAGAUUUUGACGAGCAAGCUACGGAGUAG